CCAGAGAAGUGCGAAAACUUAACGUCAUAUUAAGUAGCCGGAAAUCGCAGUUGGGAGCGCAUCCGCAGACAAAGAUGUCGGGGCUGCUGAAGAAGACAACCGGCCUGGUGGGCCUGGCAGUGUCUCACAACCCACAUGAGCGCCUGAAGGUUCUCUACUCAAAGAUCCUGGCAUCGCUGCAGACCAUGCCCCAGGACGCCGCCUACAGGAAGUACACAGAGCAGCUAGUCAACGAUCGCUUCAACCAUGUCAAAACGGAGCCUGAUGUUGAAAAGCUGGAGAAGAAAAUAAACUGUGGUCAGAUUGAAGAAGUCAUCUUCCAGGCAGAGUGUGAGCUGGCUCUGUCCAGGAAGAUGUCCGAGUGGAAACCAUGGGAGCCGCUGAUAGAAGAGCCUCCUCCCAACCAGUGGAAAUGGCCCAUCUGAGUACACCUGUGUAUACUGCCCCUGUCAUACUGUGUGUGUGUGUGAGUAAGAUCAAUGCUUCUAAUGAAGUAAUGUACAAAUAAAAGUCCUGCAAACAUU